GCGGCGUGGGUCGAGAGCACAUGGCAACGUGGGUCCACGAGUCUCCUUCCGAUCUCGUUGCUGGACUCUUCGUGUCUGCCACCGCCAAGUUCAGUGUGCUGGAGAUCGCGGCGACACCUUCGGGAGCCUCGACCAAUAGGGCCAUGGCGGACGCGGCUGCUGCUGCUGUGAAAGCUGCGGACAUCGUCAUGUCGGAAGCUGCUGCUCCGGCUGCCAAUGCUGCUGCCGCUACGGGCAAGAAGGGAGAGGGGGGCAAGCAGAAGAGCGGGGCUCCGGCCGCUGCGCAAGCGCCUGUGGCGAAAGAGGAACCAAAGUCGUUCGCGCGAAGGGACCGGCUCGCCGCCAUGGAGGGCCCGGCCCAGGAGCGGUGGAGAUCGGACAAGAUCUUCGAGGCAAACGCGGAGUUCAACGAGGACGGCUCCCCCAAGGACAAGUUCAUGGUCACCUUCCCCUACCCCUACAUGAACGGACGCCUUCACCUCGGACACGCCUACUCCAUGACCAAGUGCGAGUUCGCCGUGCAGUACCAGCGCCUCAAGGGAAAGAACGCCUUGUUCCCUUUCGGCUUCCACUGCACGGGCAUGCCGAUCCAGGCCGCCGCCAACAAGCUCAAGACCGAGAUAGAGACGUUCGGAUGCCCGCCCAACUUCGGAGCCGCGGCCGAGGAGAAGCGGAAGGCGGAGGAGGAGGCUGCCAAGGCAGAUGACAAGGAGGUGGCGGUGGAGAAGAAGGGUAAGGGGGGCAAGACCAAGCUCAUCGCUAAAACCGGGGGUGCAGAGGUUCGCCAGUGGGACAUCAUGAAGAUGAUGGUGCCGGAGGACGAGAUCCACAGCUUCACGGACCCCCUCAAGUGGCUGGAGUAUUUCCCCCCCAGGGGCCGCGACGACAUGAUCAAGUUCGGCACGGCGGUGGACUGGAGGCGUUCCUUCGUGACGACCUCGGUCAACCCUUACUACGACAGCUUCACCCGUUGGCAGUUCAACACCCUCAAGGCCAUCGACAAGGUGAAGUUCGGCAAGAGGGCGAACGUGUACUGCGUACUGGACGGCCAGGUGUGCGCCGAUCACGACCGAGCUUCGGGGGAGGGCGUGGGGCCGCAGGAGUACACGCUCAUCAAGCUCCGAGUUCUCGAGCUGAAGGGUAAGCUCGCGGCCCUUGAGGGGAGGGAUGUCUUCCUCGUACCCGCAACCCUGAGACCCGAGACCAUGUACGGCCAAACGAACUGCUUCGUUCUGCCGGAGGGUGACUACGGGGCGUACGAGAUGAAGGACGGAACGGUGUUUGUGGUGUCUGCGCGAUCGGCCCGCGGCAUGGCGCACCAGGACCUCACCAAGGACUGGGGGGUUGCCGUCUGCCUCCUCGAUGGGAUCAAGGGGAACGACCUGAUGGGACUACCCCUGCGCGCCCCGAACGCCAAGUACGACACCGUGUACGUGCUCCCCCUGCUGACGAUCUCCAUGGGCAAGGGCACAGGGGUGGUGACGUCCGUGCCUUCCGACGCGCCGGACGACUACGCGGCGCUGCUGGAGCUCAAGGACAAGCCGGCAUUCCGGGCGAAGUUCGGACUGGAGGACCACAUGGUUAUGCCGUUCGAGGUGGUGCCCAUCAUCGAGAUCCCUGGCUACGGCAGCACGAGCGCGAAGCUCAUGUGCGAGAAGCUCAAGAUCAAGAGCUGCAAGGAGGCCGACAAGCUCAAGAAGGCCAAGGAAGAGGUGUACCUCAAGGGCUUCUACGAGGGCGUUAUGCUCAUGGGGUCGUGCGCGGGCGAGAAGGUGUGCGACGCGAAGGUCAAGAUCAGGAAGGAGCUCAUGGACAAGGGGGAUGCCAUGCCCUUCUUCGAGCCGGAGUCGCUCGUCAUGUCCAGGUCCGGCGAGGAGUGCAUCGUGGCACUCAACGACCAGUGGUACCUUCCCUACGGGGACAAGGAGUGGGCGGGGCGUGUCAGCGAGCACGUCAACUCGGACAACUUCAAGGCCUACUCCCAGGCGUCGCUGACCAAGUUCAACUUUACCCUGGGCUGGCUCAAGGAGUGGGCCUGCACGAGGUUGUUCGGCCUGGGGACGCGGCUGCCGUGGGACGAGUCGUGGGUGAUCGAGAGCCUCAGCGAUUCCACCAUCUACAUGGCCUACUACACCGUGGCGCAUCUACUGCAAGGGGAGGACAACCUCGACGGCUCCAGCCCCGGACCCAGCGGCGUGGAGGCUGCGGCCAUGGGGGACCGCGAGUGGGACUACGUGUUCCUGCAGGGGGCAUACCCGGAGGGGUCGGGGGUGCCGGAGGCUAAGCUUGCGGAGAUGAGGACGGAGUUCGAGUACUGGUACCCCAUGGACCUCCGCUGUUCCGCCAAGGACCUCAUCCCGAACCACCUCACUAUGGCCCUCUACAACCACGCCAGCAUCUGGAAGGACCGCCCAGAGCUCUGGCCGCGGGGCUACUUCACGAACGGGCACGUGCAGGUGGACGCAAUGAAGAUGUCCAAGAGCAAGGGGAACUUCCUGAUGAUGGACGAUUGUGUCAAGCGCUUCGGCGCCGACGCGACAAGGUUCGCCUUGGCUGACGCCGGUGACUCCCUCGAGGACGCAAACUUCGCCGUGGACUCGGCCAACAAGGCCAUCCUCGCUCUCACCGGGGAGGAGGAGUGGAUGGGUUUGGUGCUGGAGGAAGCGGCGCAGGGGAAGCUCAGAGAAACCCCGGAAGAGGAGUAUGUCUUCAUGGACCGCGCCUUCCGCAAUGAGAUGGACGCCCUCAUCAACAAGACGGAUGACGCUUACGGGCGCAUGAUGUGGAGGGAAGGGCUGCACACGGGGUUCUUCGCGAUGCAGCUGCUCAGGGACUUCUACAGGGACUGGUGCCUCAAGACGUCGACGUUGAUGCACAAGACCCUCAUCCUCCGGUUCAUGGAGGUGCAGAUCCUCCUGCUCGCUCCCAUAUGCCCGCACUACGCCGAGCACUUCUGGGGCCUCUUGGGGCACGGCGAGUCCGGCAGCGUGCUGAAGGCGAGCUGGCCUCAGACCGGAGAGGUGGACGGCUGGAUGUCGAGGUCGUUCCAGUUUCUCAGCAAGACUCUCAAGGCCUUCCGGCUCACGGCGCAGAAAAGCAAAGGCGCGCCGAAAUCCGCCCACGUGUACGUGGCGUCCGCCUACCCGCAGUGGAAGCAGGACACCCUGACCCACCUACGGUCGUGUCUCGAGGCUAACGGAGGGGAGGCAUUCGCUCCUGACGUCAUGAAGGGGCUCAAGGCGUUCUCGACGAAGGCGGGUUUCGACAAGAAGCAGUCGCAGGCCGUGAUGCAGUUCGCGGCUUUCGUGAAGGCGGAGUUCGAGGAGGCCGGUCCUCAGGCGCUGGAGGCGACGCUCCCCUUCGACCAGACCGCCAUCCUGGAGGAGAACAUGGCGUACAUCCGAGACAGCCUCGCGCUGGAAAACGUCCAGGUGUUGGACGCGGCCGGGGAGGAGGGCGACGCGAGACGAAAGGCUUCGGCCGAGCCCGGGCGACCGACCCUCUUUCUUUUUUGAUCGAUUCGACCGCCGUCCACCGUCUCGUGAGGAGAAGCGUUUGCGGAGGCGUUGAUGUGGUAGGGUGUUAGCGCGCUCAAGGAGAGGGGGGCCCGUGUGUGUGUGGUCGUCUUGGAAUCAAGUUCAGUACACGCGUGCCGAAGUUGUUAGACCGCUGACCUCGCGUCCUUGCGAUGCGGGGACUGAGCGACAUGACGGGUUUUCAACGGCCCAGGCUACGUUUUUUAACGAUGAACCUUCAGCUGCUCAUCAUUCUUGCGUUCUCGUGACAAGGGGGGAGGGGGGUCGACAGGGGAUUGUGGCGCAGAAGUCGGCCACCGGCUGUGGUUGGCUGCCCCCAUCCUGGGGAUUCUUCGGUUGCUUUCCGAGGUUGGUGUAAUUGCCUAGGAGGCCCCGCUUGUUUGAAAGUGUUGUAGAGUGUUUGGUCUCAUCUCACCCUGCAACCAACGUUCUGUAGUCGCUGUUUUUUCUGUUCGGCAGAGGAAUGGAAGAACCAGACUAGGGCCUGAUUCGAUUCGUGUGUCCCGGUUGCGUCAUGUUCGGACGAGAGUAACUCGUUGCUCCGCCGUCCUUGUUGGACGUUGCCCCUCUUUACCUGUCCAUCUCGGAUAUACCUGCAAUAUCUCUUGUGUCACACGGUACUGAAGUUUGAAGCGGAUGGGGGCUUUGAUCAGGCGGCGUCGCGACAAUCAAGUAGUCUCGGAGAGAAACGGAGACCUUGGACCACUUCAGGAUGCCCGGCGCUAUCGCCUGAGAGUAUCUGGUUCGAGUUUUAAUGUGAAUCUGACCCACACCUUCUCUCUGGUGACUGGCGUGGCGACAUGCACUGUUCAGUACCAUUCGGGUUCGAUCAGGCGGAGUUUCGACCUACCCAGGUAGCCUAUUUUUGCCUAUGCACAUGAAUGCACCGGGGGGGUGUUUUGGGUCGAUAGAACAAGCUGCGGUGCAUGGACAUGAUCCGACCUACAAGGUAGACAACACUCCUGGCUGCAGAGCGAUAUCGUGUUGCGUUUCUGGAUGUGUCGGGGGAUAGCAACCUGACCCCAGUACCUGGCGCACUCACUUUGCGUUUCGAGGGGGGUCUACCUCUCCAUGAUGCACGGUGCCUUGAG